AGCAGCUCCAGAAAUUCCCACCUCAGCAUGUUCACCUAAAUCCAAAAAUGGACGACAGGACCAACAGCAGCUUGGGUCAACCCGACUACUUCCUGUCUGGAGACGUCCUGGACUACGAGAUUCCUCUGGACGAGAUCCCGGACACCACGCAGGGCCGAGCCUUCUUCGUGGCCACCAUCGUCAUCGCGGUGGUUCUGGUGGGCAUCAUGCUGGUUUGUGGCGUGGGAAACUGUCUGUUCAUCGCCAGCCUCGCUCGCUACAAGCAGCUCCGAAACCUCACCAACCUGUUGAUCGCUAACCUGGCUGUUUCGGACGUGUUGGUGGCGACCGUUUGUUGCCCCUUUCUGCUCGACUACUACGUGGUGAAGCAGCUGUCCUGGGAUCACGGGCUUCUUCUCUGCGCCGCCACCAACUACCUGCGCACCGUCUCCCUCUACGUGUCCACUAACGCUCUGCUGGCCAUCGCUGUGGACAGGUACAUGGCCAUCCUCUACCCUCUGAGGCCUCGUAUGAAGCACCAGACGGCGUACUGCGUGAUCCUGACCGUCUGGAUCGUCCCCAUCUUCAUCUCCAUCCCCUCCGCCUUGAUGUUCUCUGAGACCAAGUACCCCCACAAGGAGGGUCGAUCCCACAAGACCUUCUGCGCUCAGAUCUGGCCCGUGGACCAGCAGCUUUACUACCGCUCCUACUUCCUGCUCAUCUUCGCCCUGGAGUUCAUGGUCCCGGUCACCGUCAUGGCCGUCUGCUACAUCCAGAUCUCCAGGGAGCUUUGGUUCAAAGACGUUCCCGGUUUCCAGACGCAGCAGAUCCAGAAGCGGCUGCAGAGUCGACGGAGGACGGUGGUGGUUCUGAUUCUGGUGCUGGUCGCCUACAUCCUGUGUUGGGCGCCAUAUUACGGUUACGCCCUACUGAGGGACUUUUACCCCACCCUUAUAUCCAGGGACAGGAACUCCUUAGUGGUGUUCUACAUCAUCGAGUGCCUCGCGAUGAGCAACGGGGUCAUCAACACCCUCUGCUUUAUGAGCGUACGAAACAACACCAAGCGUCUGAAGAAGGCGGGAAAGUUCCCCCUGAGGCUGGUGACUUUUGUUCCGGCAAAGUCUUCGGUCGAAACCGAGACACGGACUUUGUCUCUCCGAGUGACGGACGACAUGGAGGGAGAGAGGCUGAAGUCAAAAUAUAGGACAUAG